UCUAAUUAACGCAUUAAAGAAGCUCCGAAUCGAUAUAGUGGGGGAGUCAAACGGUACGAAUUCCAUGCGAAGUGCCCACAGAAACAGCCCGAGAAACGAAGAAGCACAGAGUUCCGGCAGAAAUGGAGAAGAAGAAUGACAAUGCCGGUGGUUUUUCCGGCGAGAAAUACCCAGAACCCGCGGUGAUUGCUGCUCAAGAGAAGGCGGCUGUGGAUUGUUUCUAUGAAAAGCUUGGGAAAUUGAACGAGUCUUCCGGACUCAGCUCGGUCUUUAAUUUCCGUGAAGCACUGUUGGAUUUGCAUCUUUUCUACAAAGAAGUGAUCAAGAGAGGGGGAUUUUAUCAGGUUACCAAAGUUGGAAAAUGGGAUGAUGUUGCAUCAGCAUCAAACUUGAAAAGCUCUGUGUCCAUCUCCGCAGCUCAGCUUCAGAAUGUUUAUGAACUACUACUUCUCCAGUACGAACUAAUGUACUGUCGAAAUAUGCCUGAAGAAGCAAAUAUAUGGCCGGAUAAAAGUUCUCUAGGUUUCUUGAACUCUGGGUUUGGUCCAAGCUGCUCAACGGGAAAGCGGAAGCAUUGCGAGUGUUCAUCUCCUCUUACAACAGUUCACUCUGGUGAUCCAGCACCGGCAGAUAUAUGGAAGCCCACCAACAAUUCUUGUCUAGUGGCUGCAGGGGCCAAGGCAAUGCACCAGAAUUCAUCCAUGAUAACAUUGUCAAACUCAAAUACUAAAGAAUUCUCACCGGACCCUGAUGCUCCUCUGAAACCAAGGUCUGGAUAUCAGAUCUUUCUUAGAUUGGAGACUCAUAGAUUAAAGAUGAUUCAUGGAGAGAGUUCCAGUAGCCAAAAUCUACGGGACAUGGCAAUUGAUGCAUGGAGGUGCCUAUCCGAGAAAGACAAACAGCCGUACAUAGAGGCAAGCAAAAUGGACAAGGAGAGAUACGAGAAAGAGCUGGGUAAUUACAACCAGCUAAAAAGCAACCAGAUUUCCAAGAGCCAAAGUUUGUUCAGCAAUUCAACUCCAAGCAUGCUAAACUUCUCUACAUCUUCGGAAACAGAUGAUGUUUAUCACGUGUCCUUGGAAUCCGACUGCGAAAACUUCCUUUCGCCCGACGAAUCCAUGGUUGAAUUGGCGAUUGAGGUGAUGAAGAAUGCUGAAUCGAGUGACCCUAUCUUUCAGAUUGACUGGGAAAGUGGCUCCCUCGACAUAUCUUAUUAAUGUAACUGGACCUUCUAGUCAAGAGGUGGCCAUGUAAAUUAAUGAAACUGGACCUUCUACUCAGGAAGCGCCCAUGUAAUGCUGUCUGCAGUUUUUAGCAUUUUUGUAUGUUUUGUAUUUCCUGAAUGUGUGUGAUUUUUAAGCUUUAUUAUGCCGGAAGGUUGUUUUUGUAUUAACGUUUUCCCUCAGUUUCUAAUGUAAAUAUGGUUGUACCCGCUA